CCCCGCCAGUAGGAGUGAGUGAGAGGGACCCACCGAGCCCCUCCGCGAAGCCUGGCUUCAAGCCCCCCUGCUUUCGAGCUCUGCCGCGUAGAACCUAGGGUAAGUUGUCCGACUUUCCUGAGCCUCGUUUUUCUUAUCUGGAGCGUCGGAACGCUAACAGUACCCACCUCCUAGAAGUGACUUGAUGCUUACAUCAGCUCAUCAGCCCGAAGCGUCUGGCAAGUACUUCGUACUGCUCCGUGCCCGCGACGUGCGUACUGCUCUGUGUCGAAGGCUCUGUAACUCCUAGCAACCCUCCGGUUAUUACGGUGUCCAAGGAGGCCGCGGUAUUAUUGACUCCCUACCUCUUCUGCGAACAUUUCCCUCCUUUUCACUCUUGGGUGAGGUUGGGACCAGCUGCACCCUACCAGUGUGCCAGUGAGUGGAAUAAGUAGGGAGAACUUUGUGACAGAAGCGACCAGAGGUAGUGAACUCCCUGUCCUGAAGGCUGCUUGCGGCAAGCAACUGGUAGUGGCUGGCCAUGUCACUGUCCCACUUGUACCGGGAUGGGGAAGGCCACAUGGAUGAUGAUGACGAUGAGCGGGAGAACUUUGAGAUCACCGACUGGGAUCUCCAGAAUGAAUUUAACCCUAACCGGCAGCGCCACUGGCAGACCAAGGAAGAGGCCACCUAUGGAGUGUGGGCGGAGAGAGACUCAGACGAAGAGAGGCCCAGCUUUGGAGGCAAACGGGCCCGUGACUACUCUGCGCCAGUCAACUUCAUCAGUGCAGGCCUCAAGAAAGGGGCAGCAGAGGGGGCCGAGCUGGAAGAUUCAGAAGAUGAAGAGAAGCCUGUUAAGCAGGAUGACUUUCCUAAGGAUUUCGGACCCAAGAAGUUAAAGACGGGUGGCAAUUUUAAACCCAGCCAGAAAGGCUUUGCAGGAGGAACCAAGUCUUUCAUGGAUUUUGGCAGCUGGGAAAGACACACAAAAGGCAUUGGACAGAAGCUUCUUCAGAAGAUGGGCUACGUCCCUGGCAGGGGCCUCGGGAAAAAUGCACAAGGUAUCAUUAACCCCAUCGAAGCCAAGCAGAGAAAGGGAAAAGGUGCCGUGGGAGCUUAUGGCUCAGAGCGGACCACUCAGUCCCUGCAAGACUUCCCCGUGGUUGACUCCGAAGAAGAAGCCGAAGAGGAGUUUCAGAAGGAGCUGAGCCAGUGGAGGAAAGACCCCAGUGGAAGCAAGAAGAAGCCCAAAUACUCAUAUAAGACAGUAGAAGAGUUGAAGGCCAAGGGCAGGAUUAGCAAGAAGCUUGCUGCCCCGCAGAAGGAGCUUUCUCAGGUCAAGGUCAUCGACAUGACGGGCCGGGAGCAGAAGGUCUACUACAGCUACAGCCAGAUCAGCCACAAGCACAGCGUCCCCGACGAUGGGCUGCCGCCGCAGGCCCAGCAGCCGCCCCAGCCCGGCAAAGAGGCCAAGGCGCCGGGCUUCGCGUUGCCCGAGCUGGAGCACAACCUGCAGCUGCUCAUCGACCUCACGGAGCAGGAGAUCAUCCAGAGCGACCGGCAGCUGCAGUACGAGCGGGACAUGGUGGUCAACCUGUCGCACGAGCUGGACAAGAUGUCGGAGGUCCUGGAGCACGAGGAGCGGGUCAUCGCGAACCUCAGCAAGGUCCUGGAGAUGGUGGAGGAGUGCGAGCGGCGCCUGCAGCCCGGCUGCAGCGACCCCCUCACCCUGGACGAGUGCGCCCGCGUCUUCGAGACCCUGCAAGACAAGUACUACGAGGAGUACAGGAUGUCCGACCGCGUGGACCUCGCCGUGGCCAUUGUCUACCCGCUCAUGAAGGAGUACUUCAGGGAGUGGGACCCGCUGAAGGACUGCGCGUACGGCACUGAGGUCAUCUCCAAGUGGAAGAGCCUCCUGGAGAACGACCAGCUCUUAUCCCACGGUGGGCAGGACCUGUCGGCAGAUGCCUUUCACAGGCUGAUAUGGGAAGUCUGGAUGCCUUUCGUUCGAAAUAUCGUCACCCAGUGGCAGCCAAGGAACUGUGACCCGAUGGUGGACUUUUUGGACAGCUGGGUGCACAUUAUUCCCGUGUGGAUCUUAGAUAACAUCCUGGACCAGCUCAUCUUCCCCAAGCUACAGAAGGAGGUGGAAAACUGGAACCCGCUGACGGACACUGUGCCUAUCCACUCCUGGGUCCACCCGUGGCUGCCCCUCAUGCAAGCGCGCCUGGAGCCCCUCUACUCCCCCAUCCGCAGCAAGCUGUCCAGCGCCCUGCAGAAGUGGCACCCUAGCGACUCGUCCGCCAAGCUCAUCCUGCAGCCCUGGAAAGACGUGUUCACCCCGGGCUCCUGGGAAGCGUUCAUGGUCAAGAACAUAGUACCCAAGCUGGGGAUGUGUCUCGGGGAGUUGGUCAUUAACCCCCACCAGCAGCACAUGGAUGCUUUUUACUGGGUCAUCGACUGGGAAGGAAUGAUCUCUGUGUCCAGCCUGGUGGGGCUGCUCGAGAAACACUUCUUCCCUAAGUGGCUUCAGGUGCUAUGCUCUUGGCUCAGUAACAGCCCGAAUUAUGAGGAGAUCACCAAGUGGUACCUGGGUUGGAAGUCCAUGUUCUCAGACCAAGUGCUGGCACACCCAUCUGUCAAGGACAAAUUUAACGAAGCACUUGACAUCAUGAACAGGGCAGUGUCCUCCAACGUUGGUGCCUACAUGCAGCCCGGAGCGCGGGAGAACAUAGCCUACCUCACGCACACGGAGCGGAGGAAGGACUUCCAGUAUGAGGCCAUGCAGGAGCGACGGGAGGCUGAGAACAUGGCCCAGAGGGGCAUCGGUGUGGCUGCCAGCUCCGUGCCCAUGAACUUUAAGGACCUCAUUGAGACCAAGGCUGAGGAGCACAACAUCGUGUUCAUGCCGGUCAUCGGGAAGCGACACGAAGGGAAGCAGCUCUACACCUUUGGCCGCAUCGUCAUCUACAUCGACCGGGGAGUGGUGUUCGUCCAGGGCGAGAAGACCUGGGUGCCCACCUCCCUGCAGAGCCUGAUUGACAUGGCCAAGUAGAGGGGGCAGGCUGGACCUUGCACCGGAGAGGGGACAUGCUCAUGAAUAAAUGGUAUUUUAAACUGCC